CUGACCAUAUUGCGCCAGUCGACGCUCGUAGACCUUGACGCGCUUGACAGCUGUAUCCCGCGCAAGUACAGCUUCAAAUUUCGAGACUGCACCUCUAAUCAAGCCAUUGCUCUUGGUCAGCUUCUUCAACCUUCAUCGGCUGUGCUGCUUGAGCGCGCAAAAGAAGCAGUCAAACACGAUGCUGUGGUGCGAGCGUACUGUACGGAUCACCAGGAAACGCUCAAUGUAAUCGCCGACUUGCUCGUCAUCUAUAUGCAAGCAGAGAUUCUGCCUCAGCUCCAACCCGGUGGACGUGUCCAUAUACAGUCUAGUCCCGCACUUGCCAACGAUGUCGAUCGAACAGUCGCCCAUGCACGCCGCAUCGUCAACCUCUUUACGCACGUCACAAACGCUGCAGUCGAUCGGCUGUGCAUCAAGGUCCCCUCUACGUGGGCAGGUCUCUAUGCUUGUGCAACACUCGAGGCAGAGGGCAUCCGCUGUCUCGCCACAAUCUUAUUUACCGAACGCCAAGCACUUCUUGCACAUCAAGCACGCUGCACGUACAUCGCACCCUACAUCAAUGAGCUGCGCGUCCACUUUGAAGAAGGUUAUCGCGAUCCCUCGCCCAAUUUCGCCAUGGUCAAGACGAUUCAUGCGCUCUAUGAAAAGCUGAAUUCACGAACAAUGAUCUUACCAGCUAGCUUGACCACAGUCGAAGAGGUCAUGGCGCUGAACGGUGUCGAGCAUAUCACCAUUUCACCCGCUCUAAUCAGUUUGCUCGCU